GGUGCGGUGUGAAGAUUGCGCGUCUUUUUGUGUUGUGUUUAUACAAAACAGAAAUAUGGUCGAUUAUGACAAUUAUGGCUUUCAAGUCACCUACAGCAACGAGACUUUCGGGAAUAGUUUCGCUGCCAACAAUUGCAAGCACACGUACUCAAAGUUGCUAGAUGUGGUAUUCAUACGUAGACUAUGCUUAUGUCCUUUUACAAUCAAGACUAAAACAAUGCCUCCACAAGGAUCAUAUGUGAGAGCCGUCUGUUUUCUCAGAAAUAGUGCUGUUCCUAUCCAAAGAUGCAGUCGACACAUGGCUCAUGAAUUUCAACAGGAGAAUGAGGUUGACAAAGUUAGUUUUAUGAGGUGUCAUAAUCCAAGUGCUGUAUACGAGAUCACCCCUGAAGGACACAUAUCAAUAGUCUUUCCUGUGGGUUAUUUUAUUAAUGAAGAUAGCUUACUCUCAGGGAAGAUUGAAAACUUUGAGUUUAAAUGUGCAAAUAAUUGCAUCUCCAACAAGCAGAAAACUCCUCUUGCUUUCGUAUUCACCAUAGAAAAGGAUUAUGCUGUCCUUGGAAGACAAACUUUGAAUAUCAAUAUUUGUGCAUCGCCUGGUCGUGACAUGAAAAAUUGGGAAAGAACCUCAGUGUUAAGGGCACAACCAAUACAGGCUUUGUCACUCUCAAAUCAACAAAUUAGGAAAAGAAAACCUGAAGAUGACGAAGAUGCAGAACACUCAACAUCUAGUGAGUUAACCCCCAAACAAAGCAUUGAAUCUAGAGUGAAAGAAGGCUUAGAGGCUCUUGAAGUAGUACCUAAACAAGUCAUUGAGUACUACAAACAACUCAGAGAUGAUCAUGUUAAGAGUGAACAUCCUCACUCCUGGCCCAUUUGUCACUCAUGUUAUCAAGCAUUAGAUAUUACUAAGUUCUCUGCACCAACUCCCCCAGGAAAUGACAAACUCUCAACAGUACRAUACACUCUCAGAAGACUACUGGUGCCAUUCAGUUGCAGGUUGCGUUAGUUCUAUUUACUACCAUAUAAUUGCUGAUAACUGAAUGUUGCUGGUGCAACUGUAUUCCUUAAUCACAAAGAUGCUUAAGGUGAAUAAGUUCAAACAAAGUUAAGAUGAAAAAAAUAUUAAAAAUGUAAUUUAUGACAAAAAACUGUUUCAGUACAUUUGUGUUACAAAUUUUAGUAACCAUGUUAUCAGAUAUAAGUUGUGUUAUAUCAUGUUGGUUUGUUACUGUUCAUUUAAGCAACAUAGGGAUCCUGUGGCCAUGUGAUCCACARGCAUGUAAAUCAAAUGAAGCCAUAUUACAUCAAAAAUGGUCUACAAAAUGUGUUGGUUAGGUGUAGAGAAAAAUGUUAGAGUCUUAUAUUAAGAAGCGUUCUGAAAAUAAUGUUAUAUUGUAUAUAUUGUGUUGAAGAAAAGGUAAUACAAAAUAAUGUAUAAUAUUGGUUUAUUUGCAAUUAAAAGAUUUUAUGAU